AUGCCCUUCCCAAAGCUCCCCCCCCGAGCCGCCUACAUCAAACUUUCAAACCCCACCAAGCGCAACGCCCUUAGCAUCCCCGUGCUCAGAGACCUCAAGUCCCAGCUCGACAGCGCCCUCGCGUUACGACCUACCAGUCGCAUGGGCAUGCUCCCCAAAUUCAGCCAGCAGGCUCUCAAUGAACUAGAAUGGGCAUUAAAAGGCCCAAAGUCGAAGCACUGGGAGCGUUGGGGCUGGCUCGUCAGCGCAUCUGAGUGGAAGAAACAACGUGCCGGCGCACCUGAUGUUCUGGUACUUCGAAGCGAAGGACCUGUAUUCUCAUCGGGCCAUGACCUCAAAGAACUUUCCGAGAUGAGUCGGGAUGAUGUCAGGACUCUGUUUGAACUUUGCGCUGAUGUCAUGAAAACUAUUCGGAGGAGCCCUGUGCCGGUUGUUUGUCCGAUCCAAGGCAUUGCGACAGCUGCUGGGUUCCAACUUGCCAUGAGCACCGACUUCCCGAUUGCUCUACCAGAUACUCAAUUUGCUCUCCCAGGAGCAAAGAUCGGAUUGCCGUGCACUAGUCCCUCAACCGCAGUUUCACGACGUUUGCCCGCCGCGACGACAUAUCGACUCCUCGCCACAGCAGAGCCAAUCAAGGCAUCGGACCACCCAGAUGUUAUCGAUGUUGUCAAAGUAUCACCGGGGCAAGAUCCCGAAGAGGCUUUCGAGAAACGUGUGUUAGAUGUGGUUGAACGGCUGCUUUCUAUGUCGCCUCAACAGCAAGCGGUAGGAAAAUGGGCGUACUGGACGCAGUUUGAAUUUGGAAAAUCGAAUGGUGAUGGAUACGAGCAGGCUUCUCUAUGGGCGGCUAGGGUCAUGGCUUUGCAUGCGAGGAGUGAGGAUGCGAAGGAGGGUAUUGCCGCAUUUUUGGAGAAGAGGGAGCCUGUUUGGAUAAGCAGUGCCGAAGUUGAGGAGACAGCGGCUGAUGUUGAUACACCUGAGACUGGUGCUCCUGUGACUGAGGCUGAUGCCGCGGUGGAUGUUGAUGCUCCUCCGACUGAAGUCGCUAAUCCUGUUACGGAGGAUGCAACUUCUUCUGAAGCUACUGCUACUGAGGCUGGUGAAUCUAUAGCCGAGAGCCAGAAGCCCGAGACCGAUGUUGAUGAUCCUACUACGACAGAUCGUAGCUAG